UAUUUACUAUAUAAUCGGGUCCCAGCAGGCGGGCGGUUGUUAGUGCUGCUCUUUCCGCGGCUCCACAUCAUUCCCGCAGUGGAUGGCCCCGCGAUCGGUUCGUUUUGCUCCGGUCUUUGGUAUCAGUUGAGAUCAGGGUAUCGAUUUCCCGGAGAGUGUUCGAGUGAGAGUGCCAUGAAGCCCUAGAAAAUAAGGAAGCGAAGUCCCACGAGCAAGCACAAAUCCCACAAGUUCAGUAUACGGAAGUACAGAAAUAAUUCGCGCAAGAUGAGCCAAAGAGCAGACAGCGGCCACACGAACAGUGGCUUCAAUGGCGGAUCCGAGGUGUCCUUGGACAUACCCACCAACACCCUGUACCACACCUCGCGGGACUGCAUUGUGCAGGAGGAGCAGGGUCCCAAGGAGAGCUGCCUGGAGGGCACUCAGGGCUGUUGCUCAAGUCUCUGGUCCAACAUCUUCAGGAAGAAGACGCUGUACAAGCGAUUCCCCAUCCUGGUGUGGCUGCCCCAGUACAAAAAGGAUUAUAUUUUCGGUGAUAUAGUGGCGGGCAUUUCGGUGGCCCUGACGGUGAUUCCCCAGGCCUUGGCCUACGCGGGAAUAGCUGGAUUGGAUCUGCAGUACGGCCUGUACGCCUGCUUCCUGGGCUGCUUUAUAUACAUAUUUAUUGGGUCCAGUAAGGAUGUGCCCAUAGGACCUACGGCCAUAUCCGCGCUGCUGUCCUUUCAAAUCGCUGGAGGCAGUUGGCAGAUGGCCACCUUGCUCACCUUCCUCACAGGACUCAUUGAGAUCCUGAUGGGUGCUUUCCGGCUGGGAUUCCUCAUCGAUUUCGUUUCUGGUCCUGUGGGGGCAGGAUUCACGAGUGCUGUAUCCCUGAUCAUCUUCAGCUCCCAGAUGAAGGACUUCUUGGGCAUCAAGACCAGCGGCAACACCUUCCUGCAAGUGUGGAUUAGCAUUGUGAACGAUAUACACAACAUCAGCUGGCCGGACUUCAUCUUGGGAAUCGUCUGCAUUACUCUGCUCCUCAGCUUGAGAGCCCUGGCCAGUUGUACCUUGGGCCCCAAGGAGGGAAAAACCACCGCCCAAAAGCUACUGACUGGCCUUUUCUGGACCAUUGGAACUGCCCGAAAUGCCCUGCUGGUCUGUGGAACUGCUGGCCUGGGAUACUGGCUCUUUGUCAACGGAAAGGAGAAUCUCGUGAAGACAGUUGGUUUUGUGCCCAAGGGAUUGCCCUCCUUCCAGCCACCACCCUUCCACAUGGAUGCCGUCAUCAACGAAACCACAGGAGAGGUCCUUCAGGAGGCGCAGAGCUUCUGGGACAUGGUCAGCACCCUGGGAUCUGGUCUCAUUGUGGUUCCUUUGAUUGCUCUUCUGGAAACUAUGGCCGUUGUUCAGGCUUUCGCCGAUGGCAAGCCCACAGAUGCCACGCAGGAACUGAUAGCCUCCGGAGUGUGCAACGUGGCCAACUCGUUUGUCCAGGGUCUGCGGAGCAAUGGCGGCAUCGCCAGGGGCGCCAUCCUCAAUGCCAGCGGAGUGAGGACCCAGCUGUCCAACCUGUACACCAGUGUGAUCGUGAUCAUCGCCCUGCUCUACCUCACGCCCUGCUUUUACUACAUUCCCAAGGCGGCGCUGGCCUCCAUUAUUAUUGCGGCGGUUAUUUUCAUGGUCCAGUACCGAGUGAUCAAGCCCAUGUGGCACAGCAAAAAAACCGAUCUCAUUCCCGGCCUGGGCGCCUUCUUUGCCUGCCUGGUUCUGCCCCUGCAGCUGGGCAUCCUCGUGGGCAUCGGCAUCAAUGUGCUCUUCAUCCUCUACCAGGCAGCCAGGCCAAAGCUGAGCAUCGAAACGCUGGCGACAACCACUGGUCUGAAAUACCUGAUGCUCACCCCCGAUCGCUGCCUGAUCUUCCCCUCGAUGGAGUUUGUGCGCAAGGUGAUCAACAAGCAGGGUCAGAAGUCCACGCUGCCGGUGGUCAUCGAUUGCACCCACAUCUAUGGAGCGGACUUCACGGCCGCCAAGGUGAUAUCCACCAUGGUGAUGGACUUCAAGCAGCGGGAGCAGCCCCUGUUCUUCUACAACCUGCAGCCGCGAGUGGCGCAGGUCUUCGAGGGACUGAACAAGGAUCUGGUGGUCCUCUACGACAUCAGCACCCUGCACGCCAAGCUGGCUGAGAAGUCGCCCCCGAUCUGAGGGAUCCACAGAAGUCCAAGGGGCAUCAACGCAGCAACCUCGUCAUGCGAUAGUCUUAGCCUAAGUCUAGUUGGUGGCUCAGUCUCUGUCCUAGACCUAGUACUAGCUUAGUCUUGCCGCCGAGGCCAGCGGCUAAAUCUAGAUGUGGGCUGCCCACGCGCAUCGCCUUAGUUGAAGGCACCACUACCAUUCCACGGCUGGCCCAGCUCACCUUAAUUAGCAUUUAAGAUGUGGCAAUCUUCGCAGAUUUUUGCAAAAUAUUAUUUAUUUGGCCUCUAGCGAAACGCUGUGAAUUCCAGAGCCAGGGCUCAUCCCACCCGCGAUUUUGCCGCUGAACAUAGUAUUAUUUUCGGGUAGAGAACGACGAGUUUUGGCAUAAGUACUUAAAUAAAUCAGGUUAAGGUAAAAUAGUUAAGUCGCGUUAUGAGUUUCAUUUGUAUGGUCAAGAAAGUGGAAUGAAAACACUCCCAUGAUGUAUGAUAUGUUGUUACCAACUCCUCGCUUUAUAGUGGACGAUUAUUAAAGAUUUAUGGCUAUUUGAA